ACCAGACCAUUCGGUUAAUACACCUAAUUGAGAACAGUGCUUGAGUGAGCUUUGUCCACCGGAGAGGUCAUUCCGUGUUCAUACCAUUGAAGUUUUCAGUUUGAGGAUAUCUCAAGGUUAAAUGAUCUGGCUCAGUAAAGGGUGAUAUGCAAAAUUCCAGAUUGAACGGUGAUCCUUCGUUCGUAUUUUUCAACGGUGGGGUCACACCGGGUGAUGGAAAACGUAGAUUAGUGCGUAAAACAAGUGCAGAAAUUGUGAGCGAGGCAAAAAGCAUGCUGGCAGGAGGAGGAACACGUUUGGUAUCUGCCAGGCGGCCAAUAACACCACGGGAACCAAGAAGACAGCUUUAUGGUCGCGUGGCUCCGCCAGGGCGUCCUCCCAGUGCCUUCAGCUUGAAAUAUCUUCAGCUCGAAUCUCGUGCCUUGCCGUCAUUGGAACCGAUUCAAAGUACGAUUCAAACCAAUGGAGUUUUACGUUCGGAAUCGGUGGAUGAUUUGGGUGAAUAUGACAACGCAAACAAUAACGGUUCUCGGAGCAAAUUGCCCGCGCUGCUCAAAGUUCCCGGCAAGCAAGCAGGAUCUCUGGAUAAUCUGUCAGAAUGUAUGCCUCCGCGGAAGGACUUCAAGCCGCCAACGGCAGCAUUAUCUCCACAAUUUUCACUCAAUGCCGAGCCCAAACCGCUGAACGAGAAACGGCCCCCGACGGAUGGGAAAAUUUCUGGCAAUGUUGCAACAGCUUCAUCGGGGCCGCCAAACAGUAUCGUUAAGAACCAUCCUCUGAAGCGUCGUCAAUUUCAAUCGCUAGAUGAGCAAAACUUGCCUGAGGCGGAAAAAUCAUCUUCGUCAGCAUCAGGCCAACAACGCUCGGAAAGUGCGAAAACGGACCACCAGGAGCAGAAGGUAAAGCUGAGCAAAAGCAACGACUUGUUGGCGCAAUCCAGCACGGAAUCCUUGCUGGAGAUGCUCAAGGCCCAUACUGGGAUUAAGGACUGCACCGAUGAAACUGCCAGUCACAUUAAUGGGAUUCUAGGUGAGCUGUUCUCUCGCGUGAAGGGAUCCAAAGGCAGUUGGCGUGGAGCAGUGCUAGGAGCUUUGUAUGGUUUGGUGGAGGCAAAUUCAGCGAAAAUAUUGUUAUCAGUGGCACGCGUGGUACUGGCGCUAAAUGUGACUGGCAGCAAUUUGACAGGGGCUUGCAAGCUGGUGUUCAAAAUUGCCCGCAACGAAAACAAUGACGCGCUUUUCGCCGACAGCGAUGUGCCAGAGCUGCUCGUGGAUGGUUUGGGUCGCGCUUCACCAGCUGAUGAACCUGAAGCAUGUAUCUACGGCUAUGGGGCAAUUCGGUUCUUGGCCGGUUCAGCUGCCUCAGUUUCACCCAAAGUCAAACCAGAGAACGUUUCACGUGAAAACUCAUCUCGACAAAAAUCGUUGGCUUGCCGUUUAGCACGACAUGGACUCGUGCAGUUGAUGAUAUUGCAUUUGAAAAUGCUGAACGAGUUGGGAUCUGCUGAGAAACUAUCUGGACCUCCAUUGCAUUCGCUUUUCCAGCUUUCUGGAGCUCUACGAACUCUGGCCGGUAUUCCUGCUAUUGGUAAUGGUAUGGCUGCGACUCGAUCACUGCUGCUGGGUACAAAUCCUCAGAUCAAAGAAACGCCAGAUGGUGAAAUGAUUCAAUUAGAAUUGGCUGGACCUCUGCUGGUUCGGGCAGCAGAGAUGUGCAUUGAUGAACCAGAAGUACAGGCAAAUGUAAUUCGCACGCUGAGUGUAUUGUCAGAACGUUCCGAAUGCUGUGAACAACUGGCAGAUGCAGCUGCUCGUCUAGGAAUCCUUCUGGGUUCUAUCAGUGAAACAAGUCCUACCGUAGACAAGGGCCUAGCGGCUGCAAAUCGACUAGGCUACAUUCUUGGAAAUCUAAUGACCAGAUGGGACACGGCUCGUCUACAGUUCUACAUGAAUGAUGUUUCAAUGGAAGCCAUUUUGAAUGCGUUGGAAUAUUAUUCUCACAAACGAUUAACGAUUAAAAAUCAGAUGGGUGAUUCUGUGGUAGACGUCCUCACAAAACUAGUGCGUGUCAUCGCUAAUAUAAGCGUUAAUGGCGAUGUAGGUUAUGGAUUAAGCAAUAAACCACCGCUUGGAGAAAUUUUACUUAACAUUCUACUAAAGGUGAAAGAUGUAAAAGAACCGGAAAUGGAAGAAUUAUUAUUCGCUACUUUGGGAGCACUUCACAAUCUCUCUUACUAUUACGAACCAUCGGAUAAUCCUAUCCAGUUCAAUCACCAAGGAAGCAUGGCCGAUCGCAUGAAUGACAUCUGCGGUGUUUUGUGCAAUAUCCUCAACUCAAGCUCCAAUCCGGCUCGAUCGGAGGCAGCACGUGUUCUUGGCAACAUGACACGCAACACCGUGGCAAGGCAGGCAUUUUGCUCCGAAAAUGGAUUGAAGAUUUUAGUUCAGUGUUUGGAGUCGAAUGAUGUGGAGCUGAUGGUUACUUCGUGUGGAGUGCUCGUCAAUAUUCUUGGGGAUAGUGAGCGUAGGACACCAUUUCGGGAAAUACAGGGACCAAUCGUACUACGGAAGCUACUGCAACGCGGAGUAUCGCACCAGGAUUGGAUCCUUGCGGGAAUCUCCUGUCAAGCUUUGUGGAACUACCUCAUCGAUAGCGGAAAUGUCGUUCAUGCCUUGGGAGAGUCCGAAGUGGACUUCAUUUGUAGUGAUCUUGCAGAUUGUUUAGACGACGAAAAGUUGUUCAAUGGCGAGGAACCGGACGUGCUGUGGGAAGAAUUUGCCCCGGUGGCUACCGAUUUGUUGGAAAGAUUGCAAUCUUGCAUGUCGGUGGGAAAUUCACCCUGCCUAUCUUCUGACGACGAAGGUGAUAUUAUGAAUAGGGAACAAGUGGAAACUUGGGGUAAGCAAUACAAGCAAUGGUUACAACAGUGAAUAUUGUUAUUUGAUUGUUACCAUAAUGUACGACCAUUUCGUUAUUUAUAAUAAAACAUAUUGCACAAGACACACCAGAAA